AUGUCUUUUCAUAUCAAAGAAAAUUAGCAAAAAAUUAAUAAAGAUUAAUUGUAGUCAAACUUGAAUGGAAAAGACUAGUAUUUUCAUUACGAAGAGGAAAGAGAAUUGAUCUAGAUUCAAAAUUCGCCUGAAAAAUUAAUUGGUACUGGUUAUCAGCCUGUUUUAGAAAAAAUCAAGUGCUCAGAUAAUACUUAAGUAUCAGAUGGAUUAAAAACCACUGUCCCGAGCUAUAGAGUUAGCGUAACAGGCACAAUUUUAUUGAUAAUGACUUUGUUCUCUACAGCAGCAAUUCUGCCUUUGCAAGUAUCACUUCCAUUGGAUAUAACCCUAUUGAAACUGAGUUGGCGAAAUUCUAACGUUGUUCCCUUUUUGCUUCUACUUUCUAUCUAUGAUCUAUUUACUAAGAGAGGAGUAUUUUUGGUUAUCUUUAGAACUGUAUCUAAAAAACCAGUGCAUAAAUUUGAAUUAAUUGGAUUGUUUCUUGCCAUAUUUGGCUGCUUUAUAUCAGUCCUUGAUAAGGACGUCUAAAAAGUUGAUUAAUCAAGUUUAAAUAUAGUUGUUGGCGAUAUCAGUGGUAUUUUAUGCUCAUUAGCAAGUGCAUUCUAUUAUCAGUUUAAUGCUUAGUUAGUCUCUAAAAUUCCAUCUUCAGUAGCUGUGUGCUCGACAUUAAUGUUUUCUGAGAUUAUGAUUAUUAUCUAUGGACUAUUAUUUGGAUAAUUUACGUUUGAUAGAGAUAAAAUGACAGGUGUUUGGGGUUUCAUGAAUGCAGAGUAUAUUCUUUACACUUUAUUUAUAAUGGGUCUUUUUUGUGGUACAAUUUCAAUAUAUACAGCAGCACUUGUCCUCAAGUAUUACCCCCCUAUAGUUCUUAUGAUAGUAAGUUUAAUUGAACCAAUUAUUUGCCAAGUUUUAUCAUGCUUGAUGAAUAUUGAUAGAGCACCAGGCUAUUUUACAUAUGUAGGAGGUAUCAUUACUCUUUUUGGUAUAUUUGGAGUAAGCUAUGGAGGAUAAAUCCUUGAAAAAAAUACAAAAAAAUAGGAAAAAUAAUCAAAACAAUGA